GAUGUAUAUAUAAUUGUGAAAGAUGGUUGUAGGAAAAUUCUCACCACGUAUGACUUCUGACAUCAUCACUACUGACAGACGUUUACUCCACCUAAGUCGUGUUCUUGGAAAAAUUAACAUCAUUUCCCUACCGAAUACUUAUCUAAGUUGUAUAAACAGAAUUUUUCAGAUAAAUCAUAACUGGAUUUGUGGCGUAGAAAUAACGACAAUUUUCAACAUUUUCGAAAAGAUUGUAGGUGUGCAUCCAGGGGUGACGAUGUAUGAUAAUACUAAAAACAAGGAUAAAAAAGACUGGGAUGUUUCUGUAUGGAGAUUAGCUUCUAAAAAUGUUAAUUGGUUUCAGGUAAAUAAAAAAAAACCACGAUUAGUCCCCUCCCCCCCCACGCCCCAAAGUCACUCCUGUGGGAUAUGAUUCUUGCUAUGGCUCCUCUGACUCCUAACUGGGCCUCUCGUCUCACUUGGAAUCCAUGAGAGGGUCUGAUGGUCUAACUGGUUACAACUGGUGGAGUUAGCUGGUCACAUGUCUUGGUUACAGGACUGCAUACUUACCAGCAUUUGGGAGACACUAGGUAGCUAGGUCACCCCUCUUACAGGAGAUAAUCUAAGGGGGGGGGGGGUUUGGAUGGGUCAGUGUGAAGAUAAGACAUUGAAAAGUUUGUCUUAGAGAAUUAAUGCAUCGCAACUGUCGAUUUUAUUUAAAGUAUUUAUAAGGGAAAUGUCCUAUUUUGAUGAGUCACUGAUCUGUAGGUUAGGUUAGACCAAUUUACCGACCUAUCAAUGACCCGUCGAAAUAUUGAGCCUUAAUUUGUUUAUAAAAGAUUCUAGUAACAUAACUUAGACUGCUAUAAAACGAGAAACCCGGGAGUGACAAUGAUGUUUGUCUUACCGAGGAUAUCAAUUUUCAGCUUGGAAUGCAGGAAAAAAAUGCAGAAGGGAAGAGCUUAGGGGGUGUUUUGAUUAGUGAUGUGAUAUUAAUUUUCUAAACACAACUGGCAUAGAAGGUCAUGAAGUGAAUCGCCUGCUUGUUGAUUCCAAAAGUGUUGGAGUACACACACACAGUCAUAAAGUGUGUUCCUGGAAAUACUUAUACAGACUUGUUCCACCUGCAGAAAGAAAGUAAUAAAACAUUUUUGUUGUGUAAACAUAGUUAUUGAUAUACUGUACUGUGUGCAGUGUUUCAGGUUAAGGUAUCUAUGUGGGGAUUCCUCCCUUGUUACGAGUAUUUUCAUAAUGUUAUUGAGUGAUGGGUGGGCCAGAGGCUGCUGUAUUUUCUGAAGGUGAAAAUGUGUCCCAUAAACCUGACGGCCCGUAUAAAGCAGUGUGGGUACAGCACAUUGCAGUACACGAAAAGCCAUUGUGACCGACCACAACUGUAAAGUUAGGUGCCUAAUUUACUACUGGGUGAACUGGGGGUGCCCUGGGUGUGAGUCAGGGAUCUUAGGAUAGGAGGCUAGUUAUGUAUCUCGGCCACCACACCUCUCCAUUUUCUAAAUAAAAAAUGUUUCGCUUGGAAGCCGGUGGUUACCUGCUGGUGGUGGUGGUGUUAGGCACCUGGAGCUAAGCGAUAAUUCUCCUUUUUAACACCGAACUGCUGUAGUGAACCAGAGAUGUCGUGUGAAUAUCAUACAUAGUGUAUUGUAUUGUCUAGGACUCACCAAGAAAAUCUUUAGAGGUGAUAAGGUUGUGUGUGUUGAGGGAUGAUGCUCGUGGUGGUCACGUGACAAGACACGUUUAUCACCUGGAAGAAGUAAAGGACUGGUGCUCGCCUGUGUUGUGGAGUGUGGUGUACCGUACAGGAGGUGGCACCUUGGACUGAGACACCCAACGUAAGCAAGUGAGAAUGACAGAAAUGGCAAACGGUGAAGAAUUACGCCUUCAGCAGCUGGUGAACGGCGACCUGCCUCUCAUGGAGGUCACGCCUACCGUCACCAUCGAGCCCAACAAUAUUCCGAAGUACAUUGCUAAAAGAUCCAGGCUUAUGAGUCCUGUGGCACGGCAGGCAGUCAUCAGGAAAAAUGGCGAUUGUAACAUGACAUACUCAAACCUGAAGAAGCGUCGCUCUCGCUAUCUCCAGGACCUCUACACCACCCUCGUUGAUGUUCAGUGGCGCUGGACACUUCUUGUCUUCUUCCUCGGUUUUAUUAUCAGUUGGCUAUGUUUUGCUUUUGUCUGGUUCAUGAUCAUCAAGGUACAUGGAGAUGACCACGACCUGGUGGGUCACACGCCUUGUGUGCACAAUGUCCAAACCUUCACUGCAAGCUUCCUUUUCUCAAUUGAGACUCAGCACACAAUAGGCUAUGGUUCCAGAUUCACCACUGAGGAAUGUCCAGAGGCAGUAUUUUUAAUGUGCAUUCAAAGCAUCACUGGUGUCAUAUUGCAGGCCUUCAUGGUGGGUGUAGUCUUUGCCAAACUGACACGUCCCAAACAACGGACCAACACCAUCUUGUUUUCCCGCAAUGCAUGUAUCUGUCUGCGUGAUAGUAAACUGUGUGUCAUGUUCCGUGUGGGGGACAUGAGGAAAUCUUUCAUCAUCGGAGCCAGCGUCAGAGCACAAGUUUUACGCAAGAGAACAACAGAAGAGGGAGAAGAGAUCCCAUAUCACCAGUAUGAUGUGAAAGUGGGUAAUGAUGACGAGUCAGAAAAUCUCUUCUUCAUUUGGCCAAUGACCAUCGUUCAUGCUAUUGGUGAAAAUUCACCUUUUUUUAAUAUGUCUGCUGUGGAUCUCAUGAAUGAAAAAUUUGAACUAGUAGUUUACCUGGAGGGUACAACAGAGUCUACAGGCAACACCAUGCAGGCUCGUUACUCAUACCAGCCGUCUGAUAUAUUGUGGGGACAUAGAUUUGAAAAUUUGAUAUAUUUUGAUAAGGCUUCGGACAACUAUAUUGUUGAUUUCAGGGAGUUUAACAAAACAAGAGAGAUUCCAACCCCUCUCUGUAGUGCUAGAGACCUAGAGGAAUUUAAACGACAGAGCACUGAUCCUCUCCUGUGCUACACACCAUCCAACUCUGAUCAGAUUGUGUGCUUGGAACCUGAGAUGCUUUCUACCCAGGAAACCCAGGCAGGAAACUGAAGAUAUGCACAUGAUGAAGUUUAUGCAAGUUUAGGAAGAAGGUUGUGCAUUUAUUUCUCAUGAUAAUUAAAGUGGAAUUUAUGGAAAAUUUUGUAAAGGUCUGCAUUGUGCAGUCUCCAGUCUGUGAUAAUACCUUAUGCUUGAAUAUAAAUCAUAAAGAAUUAUUAAUGCUAAAAGCUAUACCAUACUCAAACAUGUGUUAGCUCCAGAUACAAAAUUUAAAACUUAUUUUAAGGCUUAAAGUUUGUCCUUAGUGAUUUACAAAUUAUCCCAUUGUACUUUACUGUACUAUACUGUACUGUACUGUACUGUAUAAACUUUUUAUUAGCAGUAAUUAAAAUAUAAUGUUUUUAUUCUGGCUAGUAAAUUAUAAAAGCCAAAUUCUCCUCAGGGGUAAAUUUAGAUGUUGGAGCACUUUCUAAGUUGGCUCUUGGUAAUGAAAAUCCGAUAAUUAUUCUGGAUUCUACAGAUUUCAUUUUUAGUGAUUCUAAUGGUUUAUGGAUCAUAAUUAAAAUUUUAAAAUAAGUAUGAAGCAGUGUAAAAUGCAGUUUUGUAAAGCCCUCACUGUAUUCCUCAACAGAAAUAUCAUCAUUUCAGUCAAGUUAAGGUGUACAUGUAAGACUUAUGGUCAGUCACUUAGGUAAUCAUGAUCAUCAACACUACAGCCCAGGAUGCAACAGGAAUAUCAGAAACAUUUGUUAACUUUUGCAUGCUAGUUUAGAUGUUACAUAAGUAAACAUUUGUAAGCUGUAUUUAUACUGUAUGGGGUAUGAUAAUCACGACAGGAGGUGGUUGUCACUAGUGGGGAUAUAUAUGAUUGCAUAUGUGGAAGAGAAAAGCAGAGUAAUAAAGAAAAAUAGAUGGAUGAAAAAUAUUUAUCUAUUAAGAAUGAAGUGAUGUUGAAUUUACAGUGUGGCCAACUACCAAAUGAAUCUGCAGUUUGAGUGUAGCCAAAGAGCUAUGAGUGGCACAGAGGUUUCCAACCAGAGAACCAUCUAGUAUAGGGUGUGAAAUAAAAGGUGUCAUGUCACAUUUUUUGGCAGAAGACCCACCUAGUGUAAAUAAAAUGCUAAACUGUAGUAUAUAGCAGCAUACUGUAAUUAUUUGACCAUCACUGCUCAUCACUGCAUAUAUUUUGUUGGUGUUCAUUGUUCUCUGCCAUUUUUAGCUCCAAUAAGCACAAAAGUGAUUUACCAAUAUCCUUCUUUUUUGCCCAAUGUUUAGUAAACCAUGUGUCUGUUCUGCGAGUGAUUACUCUUGUUUUAUUUGUAUUUCUGUCUUAUUUUUUUUUGUGUGUUAGAGAUUGUUCACUAUUGUUUUUGUGGUGUUAUGUUUUUAUUGUACUUGUGGUCUUGGUAUGUCAUUCAGGUCCGGUGUGCUCUAAAAACCUUUUAUUUAUUUAUCCUCUUUGCCAUUUGUUAGCUUACUAGCCAGGCUGUUCUCUGUUAUCCACUGUGGUCAAGUACUGGGCAUGUACUGACUCUUGAAUAUAUCUGAACAUGUGGCAGUGUUGGUCAAGUCUGGUCUUAAAUGACCCCACACUCAGUGCUAUCUCAACAUUCUCUAGGCAUUUGUUUCAAGAGUUCACAAUUCUUAAACUUAAAGUUAGGUCUUGGCAGUUUUUUGUAUUACAUGUGGCUUCUUUAAUUUGAGGCUGUGACCCCUGGUGGGGUGGCCAUCUGCUAUCUCAUAAACAAAAUUAAAAGA